ACUUGUGGCGGCGAGGUGGUUAGGUGUUUAACUUGUAUUAUAGACAGAGCAAUGUCAGCAUCAACAAUACCUGAUAUAGUAAAGAAAAAUGUGAGGGCAGUGCUGCUAUCAAAGAUAGGGGGUGUUGUGGCUGCCCAGUUUCUCAAGGAUUACAAACAUCUGGUUCAAGAGAAGUUAAACUACGUUGAGUAUGGGUUUCCAGACAUUGAAACUUUUAUCAAAGCAAUCCCAGAUUAUGCUCGGUUUGAGUACUCCCAGAAGGAAAUGGCCUUUAAGAUCUUUGGUGUGGGAGAUCCAAACACUUACAUGUCGAUGGCAGCCAAGAAAGCUCAGGGCACUGGAAUGUACACUGAGUCUAGAAAUAAGUGUUAUAAAGGAAAUGGCAUGCCCGAGACAGAUGACGCUAAGAAGCUGGUUCCCAAUGGACAUGGCUUGUACACACUGUGCUUCAAGAUUGAACACAUUGACAGUACCGACAGGGAUUACUUGAUGAGAAAAUUCAGUGAUGUGGGUGAAAUAGGGGAAGUCAAUGUGACAGCCAGAUGGGUCUUCAUACGAUAUAAAACCAAGAAUGGCGCCUUGGCUGCUCUACAGAAAUACUCGUCUGACUACGAUAUGCAUAUUGCUGAAGAGAAAGCUUCAUCUGGAAACCGACGCAGCAGAGUUCCAAAGAACAAUGAUGUAGGUGUGUGUGUGUCGAAUACAGCAGAGUGCUUCAACUGUCAGAAACCAGGACACAAGGCAGCUGACUGUCCACAGCCACGUAAAAUAUCAGAAAAACCUGAACCCGUUCCAAAGAGUAAGAAGAAGUUAAAAAGGGCGAAAGGAAGGAAUCCCCCCAGUUCCAAGGGUGAUGCCGACAAGAUAUCGAGGAAAUCAAAUGGAAACAAGAAUCAAUAUCUGUGUGUUUUUGUUGGAAACAUCUCCGCUUCAAAGACAGAAGCUGAAUUUGCCGAGUUACUUAAACCCUAUAAUCACAGAGGUUUUCGUAUUGUGGUCAAGGAACAAAAAGUAUAUGCAUUUGUUAAAGUUCCGACAACCGCAGAUGCACAGGCUUUGAUUGAUGGUCUGCAAGGAGUGACAUUUGGCAACCGAGAACUUCAGGUUCGCUUGUCUGACAACCAGAGACACGUUCAACCGCUGCAAGAUAAAGGCUGUUCACUCAGUAUAACUACUUCUGCAACACCACCCUGGACACCUCUGCCCUCAGGUCACAGCAUAUCGGCCACGACAACGGACUUGUACGCACAGAGUGAUACCUCUUCCAACAGCAGCCUGCCGUGCUCUCAACAGUCAUCGGAACUGGAUCUCUCGUUCUCCAACCUCAAUAUCCGUGUCGGUGCCGACGGUGAUAAAGUGAUCACCUCGUCCCCUAUUACAGUCGGCAGAACUGUGUCCAAAGGUUUGGCCGUUAGUGGUAUGCCUCAGUUUGCAGAGUGUGUGCCGGAGCUUGAGGAAAUUCCAGAGUUGGAGGAUAUUGAAGACGAAGAUUAUGAUGAUGAUGGUGACGAUGAUGAUGAUGAUUGUGAUGAACUUGAAAGUGGUCCUGUCAGUAUUUUUGUUGGAAAUUUCCCCUCUGGAACAACAGAUAGAGAACUGAUCAGUUUGUUUUGGGUCUAUGGAGUUGUGGAUGUUAACAUGAUUAAUAAUAGAUUCUAUGGCCACAAUUGCACAAAGGCAUUUGUGUGGUUGAAGAACGCCAAGACUGCCAAAGCAGCCAUUGCCGACUUGAAUCAGCGAAACUACAUGGGGUCUGUUCUUCUUGUCGACGUGCCGCGUGGUUCACGAGACAGAGUACAGAGCAAGUGGUCUGACUCUGACCUCCUCUCGGACAAGAAUUCAAUUGCCUCGACGAUCUCAGAGACUGAAGAAUUGGAAGCGUUCACUUUGGAGAUGAAGUUGGAAAGCUUUUCUCAUUUCAUUGAUAAAAUGAAGGCGUGGAAGAAUACACUUGAACCAGGGAUGAUAAUCCAAGUAUGUGUGUCUACAGUGGAAAAGAAGAAUAUAUUCUGGGGCCAGAACAUUAGUGAGAAGGAAGAGAUGAAGAAAUUAGAAGAUUUAACAACUGAGCUACAGAAGCCGUCAUCCAGGCUGUCUCGAACCAAGGGUCUUGGCAGAUGUGCUGCCAAGUUUGAUAAUGUUUGGUACAGGGCUUGGGUGAUUCGUGUUUUUAAUGAUCAAAACCGAGUGCACGUUUUCUACAUUGACUACGGCAACACCAGCAUUGUGAAUGCGUCAGAUUCUUAUAUCAUUCCUUCCAUGUUCUGGAGCCUCGGGCCAAGAUGUCGGCCAUUUAAGAUAAUUGGAUCUUGUCCGGAUAAUCUGAAUGAGUUAGAAUCGGAAGUGAUUAGCUGUAAAGUUAUUUCUUCUGCGUCUUCGACUGAGAGUUUCAUGACUGAAAUUACGAUCAUUGAUAAAUGAACGUAGGAAUGGAUUUUACUUCAUGGAGGAAUCUUGGCUCUUGCAUGUAGUGAUGAGAAAAAAAUUAUCCCACCAUUUUGCACCAUCGCUCCUGCCAUCAGAGAUUUGAUCUGAUCCUCGCCACGGGGAAGUUGCCAUUGUGUCACUGCGUUAUAACAGGAUCAGCAUUUAUUUUAUUGUGUUACAACUAAUGAAAAAAAAAAUUCCCCUGAUAGCAGUUACGUACACUAUGAUAACUAUAAAUGUUACACAUGGAGGUACUUUUAAGAUCAUGGCAAUGGAUGUUUUGGUGUCAUAAAUCCUAGAUACAUGCAUUAUUCACAGAACAUUUUGUUUUCAAAAUCGUGACUAGCGAUAUUUCUAGUCAACUGAAAAUUGAUUAGUAACUUACGUUUUAAAAUUGUGUAGCAAUCUCUGAAUCUUGCAUAGCAAAUCAUAACGCAAUAUUGAAAAAGAUUUUCUCUGCUAUUACCAGUUACUUAUAAUGAUUCAGUAUAUGUAUUAUGAUACAACGUACCUGUACCAAUACACAGGUAAUUUCCAUACCUCAAGCAGGGUUUAAGCUGUCAUUCUCCUAAUUGCCAAAUAUGAAUUAAAGUUAAUUUUGGCGAAUAUAUUUCAUUGUUAAUUCACCAAAAUACUAAUUCGAAAAUCGCAUUCCCUUUGUAGAUAAAUCAUCAUUUCGACUGUUUGGCUAAUUGAAACUGUUGAAUUUGGCUACAGAUUUAAUGACCGAAUUCAACAAAUUGCAAUAAUAUUUUGAAUCCAGCUUUAACUCCGCUCAAAUUUGUUGCUAGUCAAACACCCCAAUCUCAUAGAUUUACGAGCAGUUUUCUUAACUGUGUUCAUAGAUGUGGAGAAAGGAAGGGCCUGCCAUUGUUAAAUAAGCGUCGGUACACUAAGUGAUUGUUAUAUUUUAUGUUUAAAUAAAUAACUUUAACAUAUA